AUGGCGGCUGCUCUAGGGGCGGCUGCUGCAGUGGCGGCUACUCAAGGGGCGGCUGCUGCAGUGGUGGCUGCUCCAGGGGCGGCUGCUGCAGUGGCGGCUGCUCCAGGGGCGGCUGCUGUAGUGGCGGCUGCUCCAGGGGCGGCUGCUGCAGUGGCAGUGGCUGCUCCAAGGGCGGCUGCUGCAGUGGCGGCUGCUCCAGGGGCGGCUGCUGCAGUGGCGGCUGCUCCAGGGGCGGCUGCUGCAGUGGCGGCUGCUCAAGGGGCGGCUGCUGCAGUGGCAGCUGCUCCAAGGGCGGCUGCUGCAGUGGCGGCUGCUCCAGGGGCGUCUGCUGCAGCGGCGGCUGCUCCAGGGGCGGCCGCUGCAGUGGCGGCUGCUCCAAGGGCGGCUGCUUGCACGGCGGCUGCUCCAGGGGCGGCUGCUUUAGUGGCGGCUGCUCCAGGGGCGGCUGCUGCAGUGGUGGCUGCUCCAGGGGCGGCUCGGCUGCUGGGCGACUCGGCGGCUCAGGUGCUGGGUGGCUCGGCGGCACGGCUGCCCGCUAGGGGCGGCAACGGGGCCGCUAGGGGCAGCGAUGGGGCCGUGUAG